AAAACCUUCCUCUCUUGUUUUCCCAUUCCUUCUCUCUGUUUCUAUCUGGUAUUCCGAUUCUUCUUGAUUCUUCUUCUCUUUUCUUCAGAAGGAAAAACUUUUGCAGCCACUCCCGAGUGCUACUGUUUAAUUUCGUUCGAUUUUGAUUUCUUCUUAUUGUUAUUUACUGCGAAUUCAUUCCCCUGCCACAAAGACGUCAUUUCCACUCCUGGCUCAAGUUUUCUCUUUUCAACUGGAGUAUUCUAGUAUUGGCUCUGCAAGAUUUGAAAGCAAAAUCCGGUUUUCCUGAUGGCUACUCAGGACCAAGUUGAAGGCACAACAUCGCCCAACGCUCUUAAAUCUGGUAUAUGCUGUUCCAAUUCCAGCCCAGAAUCUGAGACUUUGACCCAGUUUCACGAGUUAUACACUUUUAAGCAUGACCAUACACCCAAGGUCAGGAAACCCUACACUAUAACUAAGCAAAGGGAAAAAUGGACUGAGGAAGAGCAUCAGAAGUUUCUUGAAGCUUUAAGGCUCUAUGGUCGUGGCUGGCGCCAAAUAGAAGAGCAUGUAGGCACCAAAACUGCUGUUCAAAUUCGAAGCCAUGCACAAAAGUUUUUCUCUAAGGUUGUCCGAGAGUCAAAUGGAGGCUUUGAGGGUUCCAUUAAGCCAAUUGAGAUACCCCCUCCUCGUCCAAAAAGAAAGCCAGUGCAUCCAUAUCCCCGCAAAUCUGUUGAUUCACUCAAAGGAAUAUUACCAUCAUCUGAACCAGAGAGGUCUCCAUCCCCUAGUCAAUUUGUUAGAGAACAAGAAAACAAAUCACCCACAUCAGUUUUGUCUGCAUUUACUUCUGAUGCAAUGGGGUCUGCUGCCUCAGAGCAGCAAAAUGGAUGUUCUUCCCCAACUUCUUGUGCUACCAAUAUGCAGUCAAUCAAUACAUCCCCUGUUGAAAAGGACAUUGACUAUGCAACAUCUAACUCGUCUGCAGAGGAAGAGAAAGCAUCUUUGUCAUCUGUGAAGGUGUUUGGUCAUUCAGCUGUGGAGGAUGUUUUGCCCAUGAAACUCAAUGCAGAUUUCAAGGGCUUUGUGGGUGCUAAAGCAGAUGCAACAAUGGUUGUGCCUUUCACUAGUAUUAAGCUUUUUGGAAAAACGGUUCAGGUGAAAGAUUCCCAUAAACCUUCCAUGGAUGCAGAAAAUUUUAAGUCUCCAACAUCUAAGACUGCUCAAGGGGAGAUUGAUGCUGUCGGUGAGAUGCUUGUUCAGGCAUUACCGUCAACACGGUUAGACACGCGUUUGUCACUAGGGUCUGUCACCGAAGAUUGGAGUGUGGUGCCUUCCCAAGCUAAUUUAUCCCCUUACAUGGAAAUCUACCCAGAUAAAGUUGACCAUGUUGAAUCCACCAGUGAUGCUUCUCUGCCAUGGUGGACUUUCUACCAAGGUCUACCCUUUUAUUACAUUACCUCAUUUAAUCAAACCCAAACAGAUUCUUGUGUCGAAGAGAGGAUGAAAGAGAAGGAAAUUCAAAAUGAAAGAUCCUCUACUGGUUCAAAUACCAGCUCAGUUAGUCAAGCAGAAAAUAGGGAGAAGAAUUCAGAUUCUGUUGAUUCCCAAUGCCAACAUCCUUGUCCUGAGGGGAAAACAACCAGUCAAAAGUGUAGCAAGGGAUUUGUACCAUACAAAAGAUGUUUAGCAGAAAGAGAUAUGUCAUCAUCUGUGGUUAUGUCCGAAGAGCGGGAGAGGCAAAGAUCCCGAGUAUGCUCAUAGUAGCCAGUGCUGUUGUGCUGAUAACGAACCAGUAAAAAGUUUUUAAGCUAAUUUACUUGGUGGGAGGAUGACAAAUAAAUAUUUCUGGUGGUGGUUUCCAAAGAUGAUAGGCAAAAGUUUCACUGAAUUCUAGGCUAUUUUUUCUUUCUGUUGCUAUAUAUCAGCUCAGCUCAGUUCAGAUGGUAUAUGUCCUGGUAGGUGGAUGCAGAAGAAGCAGAGGAUCUGAUGGCAGUUAAUUAUGGGUUGUACAAUGUGUCUAUAGCUUUAGAGGUGUAAAUGGCCCUGCAAGAUGGAGAAAGAGGGGUCCGUUUGUAUGUUCAGAAUUAAAAGUCUCAUCUAGUUUUUGCACGUCAAGUGUUGAAAAUGAUAUAUGUAUGUUCUGGAUGCUGACUUGUUUUCCAUCAAUUUUUGUAUCUUGUAUAUUCCAGAAACGUUUCCCCCUUCUCUUUUUUUCGAAAUAGCAAUUUGUUUCC